AUGGUACGACGGGCUACGGUUUCGUCUAACCAUGCGAACCUGUAUGCGGGAGCGUCGCAUAGUGGUGGAGCGCACGCAGACCAAGGUGUGUCCUCUGCGGACAAAAGCGAGAGCCGCGCACAAGAGUCCAUGUGGGGCGACAUCGUUGACGAUAUGGAAUGCCCACUCUGUCUGGAGGAGAUUGAUAUCUCCGAUGCAAACUUUAAACCGUGUCCAUGUGGCUACCAGAACUUGAACGGUCGGUGCCCCGCGUGCCGGCGCAAGUAUACCGACCAAACAAUCGAGUUCAAGGCGAUGACUACGGAAGAGUACGUCUGCGAGCUAGCUUACAUCAGAAUCAUGCGCCUCACCAACGCGAAAAAGAACAAGGAGCGCGAGAAAAAAGAGAUGGAAGCGACGAGCCGAAAGCAUCUGGCGAAUAUGCGCGUUGUGCAGAAAAACCUAGUGUACGUCGUCGGUCUCAGCCCGCGUUUUGCUCGUGAAGAGUUUAUUCCGACGCUCAAAAGUGUCGACUACUUUGGCCAGUACGGCCGCGUCUCCAAGAUUUUGAUAAGCAAGCGCGUCACGAACCACAAGUUUGGGAACGGGUCGCAAGACACUUCGAUCGGAAUGUACGUUACCUACCAGAGCAAGGAGGAUGCUGCGCGUGCGAUUGUUGCCAUCGAUGGGAGCAAAGAGCCGGGCGGGCGGAUCAUCCGUGCAAGCUACGGAACGACCAAAUACUGCACGGCCUACCUGCGCAACUUGCCAUGCUCCAAUCCCGGCUGUACUUAUCUGCACGAGCCAGGAGAAGAAGCCGAUAGCUUUACCAAGGAAGACCUCUCCACGCUGCGGCACGCUGCCAAAGACACGGAGCACAAGAUCAAGCCAGCAUCCAUGCUCUUGCAGCCGAUCGUGUCGAAAAAGUCGUACGAGCAGCUGGGCUCGCCAUCGACUGCCCCUGCAACGCCUGCAACGCCUGCGCCGUUUGUGCUUCCGCCUGUUGCCUCUCCAACCCAACACGCGGACCCAGAAUUGUCUGCACUGCCGCGCACCGCUGCGUGGGCGUCGGGAAAACCCGUUCCGCCCGGCAUGCAUGCAGACGCUGUAUCGCUGGAAUUUUCGAGUCUUGCGAGCGCAAAAGCUGGCAAGCAGCAAAAUCGUACGGAGCACGACUCGCCGAGUCCAGCCGAGAAAGAGGUGCAGCAGGAAGCGACCGAUACGGAGCACGAGGCCGACCAGGAGCCCAAGACUCCCGAAGACCAGGUGGUGCCCGCCUCGUCGUACCGUCCCUCCCACAAUGCGCAGGUCUUACUGGACGACUUGCACAAGCGCCGCAUGGGAUCCAGCGACGAGCCCGCCGUGUUUACCGACUUUGACUGGACCUUGUCCACCUUGCACGACGGCGACUUUAGCUUGAAUUUGCCUGCGCUCCCAGAGCCCAGCCAGACCUCGACGCGGCACGUGUGGGAGGAGCACGACUCGUUCUACACGCCGUACAAAGGCUCCUUCAAUCCUUUUGAUACCGAUCCACUCGAGCAAACGUGGCCGGCGCCGUUUGUGGAUUCGGGAGCGCCCAGCCCUGGGUACCUUGCGCGUGGAGACCUCUCCGAGACGCUGCAGCUUCGUAAAGAGCUGCAAAUGCGUGCGUCAAUGCAGCCGAUGCCAUCGCAGCGCAUCGCUUUUGACGACGCGGACAUUGCGCCCGAAGAGCAGCGCUCUGCUGCAGCUGCACUGCUCGCUUCGCGCGCGCGGCGCCUGCAAGAGGCUGGCGAGACCCCAGACAUGCCGGGAGAUGUGCGUGGCAAGAUGCCACGCCAGCAACUGGCCGCCUCUGGCGACUCACAGUCCCUUUUGGCGCUCUUGCGCCGUAUCCAGGAGCACCCGGGAGAAGAAGUGCGCGCGGGUCCCGUUCCACACGCGCGUGUGCGUCCGCCGGGGCUUGAGGAGCGGCGCGCCCCGAUGCAAGGAGCGCAUAUGGAGCAGCGUGGCGAGAUGCAGAGCUUUUCGCCGCCGGGUUUGACACCCAUCGCCGGCAAUCCAAACGUAGGCACGGGUUUGCUGCUAGCCCAGCUGCUGGGCAAUCCCGGCGCGAAACCUGCCGAUGCAUACUCUCCGCCCGUGCAUCGGGUAUAA